AGAGCACGGACCGCUACAGCGCUGCGGUCCGUUUGCCAGCCGCCGCUCUCAUCAGCGGGCGGCGAGGAGGAGAGAGACCGAGGUGACAAAGGAAAGGACCGACGGAGAGGAGGCAUGGAGCCGGCGUACAGGAUGUCAAGCAGGAAGUGUCCAUUUCCGUCAUAGACCAUCAUCAUAUUGCAGAGAAAACCACUUCUCCUUUCUUCUCCAAUCGCGGCUGUUGAUCUAACAAUGGGAACGUGGCGUUGUCUUCGAGGUGUGUUCAUUCUGGGGUCUUUGUUUGUGAUCCUGUUGCUUGUUGUCUACUGGGAUGACAUCGGCGGGUUCAAUGUCUAUCCAGUACAAGACCCCAAACAUCAGCUGCAUGACUCUGAGCCCGGCCCAUGGGUGACUUCAUGCCCUUCUCACCUUCCCAUCUUCUUUACCACUGCUACACUGAUGCCUACUGACAUCCCUGAGGAGAGAGGAGCAGCAGCCGAGAAUGAAAAGCAAUCCAAGACGAAAUUUGAAAUAAAGAACAAAGAGGAAGAAGAGAGGCCUUCUGAUGCAGCGAGCACCAGGGAGCAGGAGGAGAGGAAGCAGAGGAUCAUGGACGUGUGUUCAGGAAAGGAUGUCGUAGAAUUCCCAGGAAGGACUCGGACAUUUGACCAGAUUCCCAACAAGGAAUUGGAUCACCUGAUUGUGGACGACAAGCACCGGAUCAUCUACUGCUACGUUCCAAAGGUCGCGUGCACGAACUGGAAAAGAGUGAUGGUGGUUCUGUCUCAGUCUCUAAUUUCACCCUCUUCUGGAAAACCUUACACAGACCCCGAGGCCAUACCUUCUGACCUUGUGCACAACUCCUCUCUGCAUCUCACAUUUGCUAAGUUUUGGCGACAUUACGGCUCUCUGUCUCGCCACCUGAUGGCGCUCAAGCUCCAACAUUACACCAAAUUUCUCUUUGUACGAGACCCCUUCGUACGUCUCAUCUCUGCCUUCAGGAACAAGUUGGCAAGGCCCAACAAGGACUUUUACCAGCAGUUUGGUUCUGUCAUGCUGCAUCGAUACAGUAACGUCUCUGGGAAUCUGCCAGAAACAGCAGCAGAUGCAUUUGCAGCGGGAAUCAAACCAACGUUUCAACAGUUUAUUGCAUAUCUGCUGGAUCCAGAGACUGAGAAGGAGGCGGUCUUCAAUGAGCAUUGGCGACAGGUGUACCGUCUGUGCCAUCCCUGCCAGGUAAAUUAUGAUUUUAUUGGACGACUGGAAACUCUGGAAACAGAUGCGGAGCAACUUCUGAGGAUGCUGGAAGUGGAUCAGCUGUUGCACUUCCCUUCCGGUGCACGUAACCGCACUGCAGCCAGCUGGGAAAAGGACUGGUUUACACAGAUUCCCUUAACAAUGAGAAGAGAUCUGUACAAACUCUACGAGCCAGACUUUGAACUGUUCGGCUAUCCCAUACCUGGCAGUGUGCUGCACCAGUAGACCACGCAGAGCCAAAGACCCAGACCCACAGCGACGACACACUUCAGUUACCUUCACACAUGCCUUUCACGGUUUCUAUAGAACUAAAGUGCCUGACAGUAUUAAUAUGUGCUCGUCUUCAUUUAUCAUCAUUAAAUGUGACAAGCACACUCUCAGUUUGAGUCCCUGCAAUAAAGCACCUUAAAUAGUAUUUUAAUGAGUCGCUGGGCAGACUCCAGGCUAUUUAUUGGUUGAUAUUUCUGUAAAGAAAUGCAUGGCAGAGAAAUAAAGUGAUUUUUUUGUGUUU